UCUUCACGUCCUAGGAAGAAAUCGGUGGCUGCGGGAGGUCUUCGUGGACUGGGACUCGAACCUGACCGACCUGGCAGUGCGGGUGGGCGAGAGCGAGGCGCUCAGAGGAGGAACCCGGGGCGCAGACGGAAUCCGCCAGAUCCUUAGACUGAGGGAAGUUGUGGCCAUGGAGGGUGCUUUCAAACUUAGUCUGCGCUCCAAGAAAAGCCUGGAGUCUCACGCUUGCCGUAUCCUUCUCCAGUCGUAUUAUUAUCCAAAAGAAGGACCGGGAGGAGGAUGAGAGCGUUAUUGUUGCACACUUAAGUCAAGGGGGAGAAGCCCGAGGAAGAUUGACCAAUUUUGUAAUUCUAGAAACAUGGUCCAUGGAUCAGUGACAUUCAGGGAUGUGGCCAUUGACUUCUCUCAGGAGGAGUGGGAGUGCCUGCAGCCUGAUCAGAGGACCUUGUACAGGGAUGUGAUGUUGGAGAACUACAGCCACCUGAUAUCACUGGCAGGAAGUUGCAUUUCUAAGCCAGAUGUGGUUACAUUACUAGAGCAAGAGAAAGAGCCCUGGAUUGUUGUAAGUAAAGAAACAAGCAGAUGGUAUCCAGAUUUGGAGUCAAAAUAUGGACCUGAGAAAAUAUCUCCAGAAAAUGAUAUUUUUGAAAUAAAUUUACCCAAACAUGUUAUAAAGCAAAUAAGUAAAACACUUGGCCUCGAGGCCUUUUAUUUUAGAAAUGACUCAGAAUAUAGAAGUAGAUUUGAGGGACAACAGGGACAUCAAGAAGGAUAUGUCAACCAGAAGAUCAUCAGCUAUGAAGAACUGCCUGCUUAUACUCAUGCUUCUCCUAUUCAUAAUACACAUAAACCAUAUGAAUGUAAGGAAUGUGGGAAAUACUUUAGUUGUGGUUCAAAUCUUAUUCAGCAUCAGAGUAUUCAUACUGGAGAGAAACCCUAUAAAUGCAAAGAAUGUGGGAAAGCCUUUCAACUUCACAUACAACUUACUCAACAUCAGAAAUUUCAUACUGGUGAGAAACCUUUUGAAUGUAAGGAAUGUGGAAAAGCCUUUAAUCUUCCCACCCAGCUUAAUCGCCAUAAGAACAUUCACACAGGUAAGAAACUGUUUGAAUGUAAGGAAUGUGGGAAGUCUUUUAAUCGUAGCUCAAACCUUACUCAGCAUCAAAGUAUUCAUGCUGGUGUAAAACCAUAUCAAUGUAAGGAGUGUGGGAAAGCCUUUAAUCGUGGUUCAAAUCUUAUUCAGCAUCAAAAAAUUCAUUCCAAUGAGAAACCCUUUGUAUGUAGGGAAUGUGAGAUGGCCUUUCGAUAUCAUUACCAACUCAUUGAACAUUGCCGAAUUCAUACUGGCGAGAAACCCUUUGAAUGUAAAGAAUGCAGAAAGGCAUUUACUCUUCUGACAAAGCUUGUUCGACAUCAGAAGAUUCAUGUGGGUGAGAAGCCCUUUGAAUGCAGGGAAUGUGGAAAGGCCUUUAGUCUUCUCAAUCAGCUUAAUCGCCAUAAGAAUAUUCACACAGGUGAAAAACCAUUUGAAUGUAAAGAAUGUGGGAAGUCCUUUAAUCGUAGUUCAAACCUUAUUCAACACCAGAGUAUUCAUGCUGGUGUAAAACCAUAUCAAUGUAAGGACUGUGGGAAAGGCUUUAAUCGUGGCGCAAAUCUUAUUCAGCAUCAAAAAAUUCAUUCCAAUGAGAAACCCUUUGUGUGUAGGGAAUGUGAGAUGGCCUUUCGAUAUCAUUACCAACUUAUUCAACAUUGCCAAAUUCAUACUGGUGGGAAACCCUUUGAAUGUAAAGAAUGUGGAAAGGCCUUUAGUCUUCUGACACAGCUUGCUCGACAUAAGAACAUUCAUACUGGUGAGAAACCAUUUGAAUGUAAAGACUGUGGGAAGGCCUUCAAUCGUGGCUCGAACCUUGUUCAACAUCAGAGUAUUCACACUGGUGAGAAGCCCUAUGAAUGUAAGGAGUGUGGGAAGGCUUUUAGACUUCACCUACAACUUUCUCAACAUGAGAAAACUCAUACAGAUGAGAAACCCUUUGAAUGUAAGGAAUGUGGGAAAUCCUUUCGUCAUGGUUCAAAUCUUAAUCAACAUCGAAGUAUUCAUACUGGAAAGAAACCCUUUGAAUGUAAGGAAUGUGGGAAAGCCUUUCGACUUCAUAUGCACCUUAUUCGACAUCAGAAAUUUCAUACUGGUGAGAAGCCCUUUGAAUGUAAGGAAUGUGGCAAGGCCUUCAGUCUUCACACCCAGCUUAAUCGCCAUAAGAACAUUCACACAGGUGAGAAGCCAUUUAAAUGUAAAGAAUGUGGGAAGUCCUUUAAUCGUGUCUCAAACCUUGUUCAACAUCAGAGUAUUCAUGCUGGUGUAAAACCAUAUGAAUGUAAGGAGUGUGGGAAAGGCUUUAGUCGUGGUUCAAACCUUAUUCAGCAUCAGAAAAUUCAUUCCAGUGAGAAACCCUUUGUAUGUAAGGAGUGUAGGAAGACCUUUAGAUAUCAUUACCAGCUUACUGAACAUUACCGAAUUCAUACUGGUGAGAAACCCUUUGAAUGUAAAGAAUGCGGAAAGGCCUUUGGUCUUCUGACACAGCUUGCUCAACAUCAGAUCAUUCAUACUGGUGAGAAGCCAUUUAAAUGUAAGGAGUGUGGGAAGGCCUUUAAUCGUGGCUCAAACCUUGUUCAACCUCAGAGUAUUCAUACUGGUGAGAAACCCUAUGAAUGUAAGGAGUGUGGGAAGGCUUUUAGACUUCACCUACAACUUUCUCUGCAUCAAAAACUUGUACAGGUGAGAAACCCUUUGAAUGUAAGAAAUGUGGGACAGCCUUCAGACAUCAGUAGCAACUUAUUGAACAUCAGAAAAUUCAUACUUGGGUGAAAACCUUUGAAUGUAAGGAAUGUGGGAAGGCCUUUCAAUAUCAUUACCAAUUUCAUGGACAUUAUAGAUUUCAUAUUCGUGAGAACCCUUAUGAAUGUCAAGGAUGUGGGAAAUGCUUUACCAGUGGUAGAAACCUUAGAGUACAUCAGAGAAUUCAUACUGGUGAGAAACCAUAUCAAUGUGAAGAAUGUGGGAAAGCCUUUAGUCAUAGUUCAAACCUGUUAAACAUGUUAAAAUUCAUACUGAUGAGAAACCCUAUGAAUGUAAGGAAUGUGAAAAGGCCUUUAGCAGUAAUUAUGAACUUACUGUACAUCUGAGAAUCCAUACUGCUGAGAAACCCUGUGAGUGUAAAGAAUGUGGAAAACUUUUGGAUUUAGCUUAGUCUUUACUGCACAUCAAAGAAUUUAUACUGGUAUGAACCGUAUGAAUGUAAAGAAUGUGGAAAGACCUUUACUUGUAGCUCGGGCCUUGUUCAACAUGUUAAGAUUCAUACUGGUGAGCAACCCUGUGAAUGUAAAGGAUGUGGGAAGACCUUUAGACUUAGUUCAGUCCUUUCUGCACAUCACAGAAUUCAUACUGGCAUGAAACCCUAUGAAUGUAAAGAAUGUGAGCAAACCCUUACUGUGAAUGAUCUGCUUACUCAACAUCAGAAAAUUCAUUAUAGUUAGAAGUUUUAUGAAUAUAAGGAGUGUAGACAAGCCUUCACUGUGUAUGAAAAAUUUACUCAACACCAGAGAAUUCAUACUGAUGAGAAAUCCUGUGAACAUAAAAGAAUGUGUGAAGAACUUUCAUCGUGGCCUGGGAUUUGCUCAACAUCAGAGUAUUCAUACUGCUGAGAACUCCUUUGAGUGUAAGGAAUGUGGGAUGUUUUAUAGCCACACUAAAUGCCUUAGAGUUCAGAGAAGAUAAUUUUGGUGAGAAAGUUACUGAUGUGAGGAAUGUAGAGUAGCUGCCAUGUUCACAGUUUACUGCCCGUGAAAUAUUUUACUGGAUACAGGCAUACUUCGCUUAAUUGUGCAUUGCAGUUACUGCAUUUUAUACACACUGAAGGUUUGCAGCAACCUUGCAGUGAAUAAGUCUAUCAGCACCAUUUUCCAAACAGCUUGUGCACAUUUCAUGUCUUUGUGUCACACUUUGCUAGUUUUCAUAAUAUUUCAAACUUUUUCAUUGUUAAAUCUGUUAUGGUGAUCUGUGA